AGUGUAUUCAGGCGUAAGUGGUAAAAUGGAGGAUCCCUCGUCCGACAAAGUGACCGUCAACAACCCAGCAGACCUCUCCAUCAUAGUUGGGUACUUCAUCAUGGUGAUUGGUGUCGGCAUUUGGUCCAUGUUUCAGACCAAACGUGGGACAGUUGGAGGGUACUUCCUGGCAGGACGCUCCAUGACCUGGUGGCCGGUUGGUGCGUCUCUGUUUGCCAGCAACAUUGGUAGUGGUCACUUUGUGGGCUUGGCGGGCACUGGGGCAGCCAGCGGCAUUGCUGUGGGAGGGUUUGAGUGGAAUGCUCUGUUCAUCGUUCUGCUGCUAGGCUGGUUGUUUGUACCUGUCUACCUCACAGCUGGGGUGAUCACCAUGCCCCAGUACCUGAAGAAGAGGUUUGGAGGGUCCAGGAUCAGCCUCUACCUCUCCGUUAUCUCCCUGUUCCUCUACAUUUUCACCAAGAUCUCAGUGGAUAUGUUUUCAGGAGCUGUGUUCAUCCAGCAGGCGUUAGGGUGGAAUAUCUACGUGGCCGUCAUCACCCUUCUGUUAAUAACAGCUUUGUACACUGUCACAGGUGGCCUGGCUGCUCUGAUGUACACCGACACAUUUCAGACCUUCGUUAUCAUUGCCGGCGCCUUCGUCCUCACCGGCUUCUCCUUUGCUGAAGUGGGAGGCUACAGUGCGCUGCUGGCCAAAUACAGCUCUGCUAUUCCGAGUAAUUUCUCCUCCAUGGAUCCCCGGCGCUACAACAUCUCCCCCGACUGCUACACCCCCAGACAGGACGCCUUCAGCCUGCUGAGGGACCCCACCACCGGGGACCUGCCCUGGCCUGGAGUGGUGUUUGGGAUUGCUAUAGUGGGAGGAUGGUACUGGUGUACAGACCAGGUUAUAGUCCAGCGGUGCCUUGCAGCUCGUAGUCUGACCCACGUGAAGGCCGGCUGCAUCAUGUGUGGCUACCUGAAACUGCUGCCAAUGUUCCUCAUGGUGUUCCCCGGCAUGAUCAGCAGGGUCCUCUACCCAGAUGAGGUUGGCUGUGUUGUCCCCGAGGUGUGUAAGAGAGUGUGUGGGACUGAGGUGGGCUGCUCCAACAUAGCUUAUCCUAAACUGGUGGUGUCAGUCAUGCCCAAUGGGUUACGAGGACUGAUGCUGGCUGUCAUGUUGGCUGCUCUCAUGUCCUCUUUGGCCUCUAUCUUUAACAGCAGCAGCACUCUGUUCACCAUGGACAUCUGGACUCGCAUCAGACCUCAGGCCACCGAGCGCGAGCUCAUUAUUGUUGGCAGAGUCUGGGUUCUGUGCAUCGUAGCCAUCAGUAUCUGUUGGAUCCCCGUUGUUCAGGCGGCUCAGAGCGGUCAGCUGUUUGAUUACAUCCAGUCAGUCUCGAGCUACCUGGCUCCGCCCAUCGCCUCAGUCUUCCUCCUGGCUGUGUUUGUCAAGAGGGUCAAUGAAAUGGGUGCGUUCUGGGGCCUGAUAGGUGGCCUGCUGAUGGGUCUGUGUCGGAUGUUGCCUGAGUUCUGGUUUGGUACUGGCAGCUGCAUCUUCCCCUCCAACUGCCCUUUCUUGGUGUGCGGGAUCCAUUACCUCCACUUUGGAAUCAUACUCUUCUUCUGUACGUCAGUGCUGGUGCUGCUGGUCAGCUACUGCACCAAGCCCAUAGACGACCGACAUCUCUAUCGUCUGGUGUUCAGCCUGCGGCAUUCCAAAGAAGAGAGGAAGGAUUUGGACUGGGAGCAGGAGGAGAAAGGGAGAAGAACCCGGAGAGAGGCUGCGGAGAAGAUGAGGGAGAAUGACAACAGUGAUGCAGUGGCUGAAGAGGAAGGGAAGUCUGGUAUCUGUGGUCUGGUUGGUCGGCUGUGUGGCGGGGGUUCCCAGGCUCAGGAGCAAGAAACACCUGAGGCACCAGAGGAGCUGCCUGACAUCAGCGAGGACCCGGUGUGGAAGUACACUGUGGAUGCCAAUGCUCUCAUUAUGAUGGCUUUAGCAGUUUUUAUGUGGGGUUACUAUGCUUAACAGUCCUAUUGAUUCUAACUGAAAGUGGAUUUUAAGAGUUGGUAUCUUGAUGAGACUAGAUUUAAUCAGAUUGCAUGGCACAUAUUAAAAGUGCUUUUAGAUAAAUACAACAGUGUUGCCCUCUGUUGGUAAUUACUUGUCAUUGCACUCUAAAUCAAAGGAUUUUGCAAUUAAAAAAUAGGUUCCAAAUAGGCAGUCAUUCAAAUAUACUACCAACAGUCUGAGUUCUGCGAAGAGUGCAAAAGGUUUUGAUCCUUCACUGCAUUUCUCUAGUUUAGAGGAGCAGGUGUAAUGGAAUCUAAAAAUGUUUUAUCAGGUUAGAAAGCCAUUACUGUAUACUAUUACAUGUUGAUUCAAUCACAGUCAAUCUGUGCCUGAAAUCAGAGGUGUUAGAAGAAAAAGUUAGAAUUUGGAAGCCAGGUAAAAUGUGAACUAAAUAAAACUCAAAACUUGCCCUGAAACCACACCUGCCUUAGUACUACAUCAGACACUAAAGAGCAAUGUAAUGACAAAUUUUCAAACUCUCAUUACUACUCAUGCGCUCAUGUUGUGGGAUAAUGUGAAUUUCUAGUUUUUUCUGUUAAUGCAGUCUCUGAUUAGUUUUUACCUGUGCUUUUUUAAAUUACUCAAACAUGAGAUAAAUCACAAAACUGCCUUCAGUCAUUAACAAUUAUUUGGUGAUUCUAGCUUUAAAAAAUAUAAAGAAUUGCUUUGUUUCUGUUCCAUUUUGUACAUCUGAAAGCAGUUUUGGCCUUUGGUCACUCUAAACUCAGCUCUGAUUACAUCUAAUGUGCUUUGUUACUGUCAUUGUCAAUGUCAAAUGAUUAAAUCAAUCACAGUAAAAUGAAUGACUUUAAAGCCAUCAUUGGUUGCUGGUUUUUAAUUAUCAGACACCACACAGACCAGGUAGUGAUUCAGAUUUCCAGUUUUAAUCAUCACUUCUGUUUUUAUUUAAGCAGAUAUUUCCCAUUAGCAUUGUACAUGUCUGGAACCUACAGAGUUCUCCCAAGACUACCCAACCAUCUUCCAACCUCCAUGCAGUUUCAGCAUCAUUCAUCACAUCAGUUCUUUAAUGUCCAGUCUGUCAGCUUGCAGGAGUGGGGGAGUGUAACAGCGAGGGAGAGGAGGGGAGGAGAGAGAGAGGUUUUCCAAGAAUGAAGAGUCAGAGCCAUCACCAGGCACUGUUCAUCUUACACUCCCACACUUAAGAGUUAUGGGUGGAUCCAGUAGAGUCUAUCGAGCAUCUGAAAUCUAGCCACUUACAGGGUCCUGUGCAACUCCCAAUACUCUUGAUCUGUGAGGUAUCUGACGCCUCAAUCUCCUGCAGGGUGGGUAAGAGGUAGGGGGGCUUUUAAGGCUGGAAGCUGGUGUAGAGAGUAUUUCUGCAGUUUGUGGUAGUUUGUUUCACCCGCUUCAAAGCAUGAAUGACGGCUUUGGCAAACGCUGCCCUCUGCCGAAUAGGAGGACGGAGGGGAGAGGAAAGGAAGAGAGCUGGGGGUUAAAACAAAGAUGGGAAUAUUCGAAAAAAUACAUCUUUGCAGGUUGAGUAGGGUGACAGGCUGAUACAGGGAGAACACAGUCCUCAAAAAUAAAAGCAAAUACAACAGCAAACAUUCUGACACACACCCCAAUAAAACAGCCAAACAAAAAAAACAAAAACAAAAUAGCAAACAAGCAAUUCAAUCAAACCAUAAAAAGUGACAUCAGGCCUUUCCAAAGUGACAUCAAGUUUCUCUUUUUAAUCCCAUUCAAUCCCACUGGUCUUUAUCACUUCAAUCCAUCUCCCAGAAUUCUCUGUAAACCAGAAAGUAUUCGUUGGCUCCUCUUUAUGUCUGGUCAGCAAGGUUAGGGUCCACUCUGAAACAAUGACAAGAACAGCUCUCAGUGGCCAGUGAGACUGGCCGAUAAUAUGAGACUGUGCCUGUCAUUAACCAAUGGUAUGGCUACUUCAGAAUUAUCGUCAGUGACACAGGCAAUGAUUUCAGCAGCAUUAUCAGGGGACUAAUCAACAUAGUACAACGUUACAGCACAUUCAGAGAUAUAGAAACGCAUGGUGCAGGACAGGUACAAAUGGUAAUCUUGUACAACGGAAAAUCAAGUUUGCUUUAUACAAUCACAUUUCUAUAGCAAUGCUGAACAUUCGACCACUGAAAACUUUUACAUGUGUUGGACUCAGUACAGCUCAUUCCUUGAAGCACCAUUGUACAGCUAACAUGGAAGUUUGUGAUACAACACAGAACAUAGAACAAGUAUUGGGAACAGUAAGCAGGCUCUAGGGCAUUACAUUUCUAUGCGUCACUUUAUGAAUGCUAAUCUCAAUCAAAUACACUGCAAAGUUUUCACAUGAUUUACCUAACAAACCAUGUAUGGAGUUAGACAGAAACCCGAUUGAGUGAGAGGCAAAAAGAGGGCUGACUGACAGCAGCAAGAGGGGACCCCAACCCUGGUAUGCAAACUUUUAAAAGGUGCCACUGUGGAACACAGUGGGGGGGAGGGAUUCUGGAACGCUUGAAAAAAAAAAGGGGGGGGGGGGCAAGGAGUG